UCAACUGUCGCGCUCUCGUUGCAAAUUAUUUAUGCGAAGAGUGUUCAAUAAGGAAAGAGUAUUGGAUAUCUUGGUGGUUUUAUUGUGCCAAAAGCACUCUUCUUUUUUCACCAUCUUCCACAUUUAAAAUUCAUGCAGCCAAAAUCAAUAGAUUUAAGCAGGCAUUCUGGCUUCUUUGCCUUCUUUUCUCCUGAGGAAUCACAAUGACAAGUUGAGCCGUAAAUUUGUUUGAAAGGCACUUUGUAGACAUCACAUUUGUGGCCAUCCGAGAUAUUUCAUGCUCACAGAACAUUCAUUUGCCGUGGCAAACGCUGUGUGACAGUGCUAAAAUAAUACUCACAGUGCUUCAUUUCAUAUAUAUCACCUCCACAAUAAAAAAUUGCAGUUUCAGUGCAACAAUGAAAUUGGAAUUAACAUGCUUGGUAGCAAUAGCAAUAUUUCUCGGUCACAUAAAAGAUUCCAGUGGGAUUUAUUGGCCCUGCGAGCAGGAUAUAGACUGCACGGAUCUCGUGAAUGAUACUUACUGCUCAUCUCAAGGAAAUUGCGAGUGCGAAGCUGGAUACACCUUUAAUGCGGCCGUCACCAGAUGUUUGAGAGAGUCCUACAUCGACGAAUCCUGUGAGGAAGCCGUCCAGUGCUCUCAUAUGCUGACGGGAGCUUCUUGCCAAAAUGGUGUUUGCACGUGCGACGGGGAUGAACUCGAGAUGCGAACCUACGUCCGCGGUCGUUGUAGAAAGUUGCUUCCAUUGUUCAAUGAAUGUCAAGAGGAUUUGGACUGUGAUUUUGGCUUUGAUCGAGAAUCAGUGGCUUGCAAGGCGGGCACAUGUCAGUGUGCAGACGGAUUCUAUCAUCGCGGGGAAAAUAUUUGUCGACGGAUAUCCAUGAAUGUUGGCGAUAGUUGUAUCAUUAACGCCGAUUGCCAGGGCGGCGAUCAUGAGUGUGUGGCGCGAGAGUGCAGCGAGAAGAGCCCGGACGACAGGACGGAGGCCGGCGUGCAAACGGACUUCACGGAUUCACCCACCGAGUCGAAGAGCCUCCUGACCGAUGACACCACUUCCAACUCCGAGCGACGGCUGAGGGACGACACCAAGGACGAAGGCGUGCAAUUCGGCGAUUCGUGCGUGAAUAACGGAGAACCUUGCGCCGGAUUGGCGUAUUCCACGUGCAGAAAGGAUCGCUGUCACUGCAAGGCUGGGUAUUAUCCUUUGAAUGGAAUUUGCAUGGCCGAAUUGGGCGAAGAAGCACAAAGCGAAGAACAAUGUGGCACUGUUUUGAGAAACAACAAGUGCGUUUGCGAAUACGAUUCCUUCUACCGUCCAAACUUGAGAACUUGUGUCCGAAAUGUUUUGGGAUUGCAAUACUCAUGUGUCACGCACAGUCAGUGCUCUCCAUUCCUGGGCAUGUGCAGCUCUGGCGUGCUGAUCCCGUCCUGCAUCUGCCAUCCCUAUAAGAUCCAGGACACCGAGAGCCAGAUCUGCGAGAUGCGCAAGGGUCUAGGUGAGUUCUGCGAGAAGAAGGAAGACUGCUCCGUGAGCAAAACGGCCUGCCAGCCCGACAACACGUGCGCAUGCGACGACAGCUACAUAGAAGUGGACGAGCAGUGCAAGCCCGCGAUCACGGGCUCGUGCGAAAGCAACGAAGACUGUGCCGUGGACAACACGGAGUGCAUGACUGACAGUGCGGACAAGGAGGAUGAGACGGCGCAGAUGGACCAGAAGGUGUGCCGCUGCAAGGAGGGCUUCACGCACACGGCCAACACCGAAUGUCUGCCCAACGCCAGCAAGUACGGGGACGAGUGCGUGGAGUCCGAGCAGUGCCAGCCGCUCCUGGGCACCCUCGGGCAGUGCAUCGACGGCGAGUGUGCGUGCGAUGAGGAGAAGCACCACCACAAGGACGGAAAGUGCCACGAGAAGAAGGUUCUUGAGGAGUCAUGCACAAAAUCCAGCGAAUGCUUCGUGAUAGAUAAUUCGACUCAAGUGGAGUGCAGAAACAAUGUUUGCCAAUGUCAGUAUGGCUAUUAUCCAGACAGCACCAGAAUCAAGUGUGUGAAAUCCACGGGCAAAAAUUCUUCCGGUCGUCCAAGUCCCCUAAAAGUUAUUACAAUGCUACUUAUAACCGCCGCUAUUCUAGUCACUAGUGCUGCAAUUAAGGAGGCUUAUUACUAAAUCAAAGCAGAAAUCAUGUGCGCUUGAAGGAGUUCUCCAUGUGUAAAUAAAUACAACAAUUAGAAAUUAUAAUAAAAUCAAUUCUGCAAA